AGCAGUCACAGGCAACACAGGCAGGCAGCCAACGUGAGGGAGAGGAAGAGGAUGAUGAGCAUUAACAUGGCAUUCAAUGAACUUAGGUUAUACCACGUUCCUACAUUUCCUUAUGAGAAAAGACUUUCAAAGAUCGACACAUUGAGAUUGGCCAUGGCUUACAUCAACCUUCUGAAAGAUGUCCUCAACUCAGAACUCGAUCCAUUAGUUCACAUUGAAUCCAAACUCAGAUCUGCUAGCAGCACUAACGAGAAAGUUGCGUGGAACAUCAGUGAUCUGACUGCACGACUUUCCUGGAUCAAAUGGGACAACUUGGGAAUAAGAUACUUCAACAACCACCGCCAACGGCAGCAAUAA